GAUGGCUCAGCAGCAAGCACUGAGGUUUCGUGGCCCAGCUCCCCCACCCAACGCGGUGAUGCGGGGCCCCCCGCCACUCAUGCGGCCACCUCCACCCUUCGGCAUGAUGCGAGGGCCCCCUCCGCCACCUCGCCCCCCAUUUGGACGUCCUCCCUUUGACCCCAACAUGCCUCCCAUGCCGCCUCCAGGAGGGAUUCCUCCCCCGAUGGGACCUCCACAUUUACAGAGACCACCAUUUAUGCCUCCUCCCAUGGGUAGCAUGCCACCACCUCCUGGUAUGAUGUUCCCUCCAGGAAUGCCUCCUGUCACUGCUCCUGGCACGCCAGCAAUGCCUCCAGCUGAAGAGAUCUGGGUAGAAAACAAGACCCCGGAUGGCAAGGUGUACUUCUACAACGCACGCACGCGUGAGUCAGCCUGGACCAAGCCGGAUGGGGUCAAGGUGAUCCAGCAGUCAGAGCUGACGCCCAUGCUGGCGGCGCAGGCCCAGGCCCAGGCUGUUGGUGCCUCCACGCCGACCACCAGCAGCCCUGCUUCUGCAGCAUCUCCAUCCACCUCCUCCAGCACUCAGUCCUCCACGACCUCCACCACCACCACAGCCACUUCAGUGUCACAGACCAUCUCCACACCUACCACACAAGACCAGACCCCGAGUUCGGGUGUUUCAGUUGCCACACCAUCAGUCAGUGUUUCAACCUCUGCUCCUUCUGCUACACCUGUGCAGACUGUACCCCAGCCAGUCCCACAGACAUUGCCUCCUGCAGUUCCUCAUGCAGUGCCGCAGCCAACUGCAGCAAUUCCUGCUUUUCCACCAGUAAUGGUACCUCCAUUUCGUGUCCCCCUUCCUGGCAUGCCUAUUCCACUUCCAGGUGUAGCAAUGAUGCAAAUAGUCAGCUGCCCGUAUGUAAAGACAGUCGCUACCACCAAGACCGGUGUCCUGCCAGGCAUGGCCCCUCCCAUCGUGCCCAUGAUCCACCCCCAGGUUGCCAUUGCUGCUUCGCCUGCUACGCUGGCUGGAGCCAGUGCAGUCUCUGAGUGGACAGAGUACAAGACAGCAGAUGGGAAGACUUACUAUUAUAACAACAGGACUUUGGAGUCAACGUGGGAGAAACCUCAAGAGCUGAAAGAGAAAGAAAAAAUGGAAGAGAAGAUUAAAGAGCCAAUUAAAGAGCCCACGGAGGAGCCAUUACCCAUGGAGACAGAAGAAGAAGAGCCAAAAGAAGAACCUAUAAAAGAACUUAUAAAGGAGGAGCCGAAGGAGGAAGAGAUGACUGAAGAAGAGAAAGCAGCUCAGAAGGCCAAGCCAGUAGCAACCACUCCUAUUCCAGGAACCCCAUGGUGUGUGGUGUGGACUGGUGAUGAGCGUGUCUUCUUCUACAACCCCACCACGCGUCUGUCCAUGUGGGACCGACCUGACGACCUCAUUGGAAGAGCUGAUGUCGACAAGAUUAUCCAAGAACCUCCUCACAAAAAAGGAAUGGAAGAAGCAAAAAAACUUAUGUUGUUGCAAUCUGUUACAGUCAGAGAAGAGCAUGAAUCCACAGAGGAUGCAAACGAGGACGAGCCAAUCAAAAUCAAAAAGCGCAAGAAGGAUGAUAACAAAGAUAUUGAUUCAGAGAAGGAGGCUGCUAUGGAAGCUGAAAUUAAAGCCGCCCGAGAGAGAGCCAUUGUCCCACUGGAGGCUCGGAUGAAACAGUUCAAGGACAUGCUUCUAGAAAGAGGGGUUUCUGCUUUUUCAACGUGGGAAAAAGAGCUGCACAAGAUAGUUUUUGAUCCUCGUUACUUACUUCUCAACCCAAAAGAAAGAAAACAGGUGUUUGAUCAGUAUGUGAAAACGCGAGCAGAAGAGGAGCGCAAGGAGAAGAAAAACAAAAUAAUGCAGGCCAAGGAGGAUUUCAAGAAAAUGAUGGAAGAAGCAAAGAUUAAUCCAAGAACUACUUUUAGUGAAUUUGCAGCCAAGCAUGCUAAAGACUCGAGGUUCAAGGCAAUUGAAAAGAUGAAAGAUCGAGAGGCCUUGUUUAAUGAAUUUAUCACAGCGGCAAGAAAGAAGGAAAAAGAAGACUCGAAGACCAGAGGGGAGAAGAUCAAAAUGGACUUCUUUGAGCUCCUGGCUAACCACCACCUGGACAGUCAGUCUCGCUGGAGCAAAGUGAAGGACAAAGUGGAGACUGACCCCCGUUACAAGGCAGUGGAUAGCUCCUCACAGAGGGAAGACCUUUUCAAACAGUACAUAGAGAAAAUAGCCAAGAACUUAGACUCUGAGAAGGAGAAGGAGCUGGAGAGGCAGGCGCGCAUCGAGGCGAGCCUGCGGGAGCGUGAGCGCGAGGUGCAGAAAGCACGCUCGGAGCAGACCAAGGAGAUCGACCGGGAGCGUGAGCAGCACAAGCGGGAGGAGGCCAUCCAGAACUUCAAAGCCCUUCUGUCUGACAUGGUGCGUUCUUCAGAUGUGUCCUGGUCUGAUACCAGGAGGACCCUACGCAAAGAUCACCGGUGGGAAUCAGGCUCCUUGCUAGAAAGAGAAGAGAAAGAGAAGCUCUUCAACGAGCACAUUGAAGCACUUACCAAAAAAAAGAGGGAACACUUUAGGCAGCUCCUGGAUGAAACUUCAGCGAUAACUUUAACAUCAACGUGGAAAGAAGUGAAAAAAAUCAUUAAAGAAGAUCCAAGGUGCAUUAAAUUUUCUUCAAGUGACAGGAAGAAGCAAAGGGAGUUUGAGGAGUACAUCCGGGACAAAUACAUCACUGCCAAAGCUGACUUCAGGACGCUGCUGAAAGAGACCAAAUUUAUAACCUACAGAUCCAAAAAGCUGAUCCAGGAGUCAGAUCAGCACCUGAAGGAUGUAGAGAAGAUCUUACAGAAUGACAAGCGUUACCUGGUGCUCGACUGUGUGCCGGAGGAGAGGCGCAAGCUGAUCGUGUCCUAUGUGGAUGACCUGGACCGCCGGGGCCCACCUCCACCACCCACAGCCUCAGAGCCCACAAGGCGAACAACGAAAUAGUCCUGAAAUACUCCUCAGCUGGGGGUAUCUUAAAUCCAAAAGCUUGCAUGAGCCAUCUGUCAGGUUUAUACAUACACAUUGCCGUGAGUACAGUGCAAAACCAUCUGAGGAGCAGAGGAAGAAGCAGCGUUUGUGAACAUGAAAUGGUCUCCGGGUGGGUGGGGGAGAGCCAACAACAAAAAGCCCACGUUGAAGGUAUUUAUGAGCUUCUCUGGGGCAUGACUGACAAGAAUGGGAGUGUGUGGGUGGUGUUUGGUGACCAGCUCUGGAGUGAUGCAGUGUCUGUGUGUGAGGUGUGGGUGGUGGGAUGUGGAGGCUGCCUUCUAGGCAAGGUCCUAGGUGUGAGUCUUGUGGUUUGAACUUGUGUGGCAUUGUGUGCCACCAGCUUCCCAGUGUUACUGUGGGCCUUCGCUGGGAAGAAAAGUGCUGCCCAGGACCUUAAAUUAUUGGUUACUGUGUUUUGGAGACACAGCUCCUAGUCCUCUGCUUGCCUGCACCCCUGGGUUGGAGCUCAAUCCAUCCCAGCCAGGGUUAGAACUGAGAGAAUUGGGCCUGAGAGACCAAACCAAACUUGUUCACAGCUCUGCUUUGUUCCUCCCCCAACCUACGGGUUAGACACAGACCAGGUUGCUCUGCCCAAGUGAAGACUUAUCUGAUAGCUUCUCCCCGAGGCUGGAGCUGCUGGGUGAGUGCCGACACAAGACAGGACGGUUGUACAAACACCUUUUUCUUUACCAUCAAGUGAUCUUUACACACUCUGGAUUAGACUGUGGAUCUCCCCUCUGGGCAACUCUUGUAAACUAUACUCCUGUUUUGAAUGUUAAACUCGUGUUUCUAAAGUUUAAUUUUGAA